GUCACAAGCAAGCCAUAAUUUGCUAUUAUGUCAGCUAGGACAUAUUUAUGGGGUCUUCUGUGCCUCUUGGUUUUUUACCAAGGAAGUGCCCAAUCGCAGACCGGAGAUUAUAUACAACUGUGUAAUUUAACCGAAAGCAUCGCUGUGGAUCUUGAUCAGUUCUCUGGCAUUUGGUGGGAAGUGGCUCGUCAGCCAUCUGGAACUGAUUUCUGCACUGAGGUUAACAUUACAGUGAUACCACAUAAAGAAAAUGCUACUGUGCUGAUCGAUACCACAUACGCGGUAUCUCCAGAUUAUCCGUGGGUGAACCAGACCAUGAAUGCCACCCUCACCGUGGUGAAUGCCUCAGCUGCCCCUGAUGGCUUUAACUUCACCUAUUGGAAUCCACCUGGAUACACUCCCUAUACAGUUUACAAAGUCCUUUACACAGAUUACACCGAUGCAACCUUCCUGUGUGGCUAUACAAAUCAGACUGACAACUCGACUUCGUUUGGAAUGAUCCUCACCCGAGAUCGUACCCCAACCACCGCAGCUCUGGAUAAACUGCAGAGUUAUGCAUCCAGUUUAUCUUCGAACUUCUUGAAUGGCAGCAUGGCGGUAAUCACUCAGGGCGAAAGUUGCUAUGCACCAUCGGGAGCCAAUCCUUCUGCCAUUAUCUCCUUACUAGUGAUUGCCCUGGCCUUCAUAUUGACCUUCAAAUAAUUCACUUUAUACUUGGGAGUUUAUAUGUAAUGUUAAGAAAGAUCACAAGAUUAGCUUUAUUCUAUCAAAAAAUACCCCGUGGUCUAAUUUAAAGUUAAAUAUGCAUUGUACUCGAUAAAAAUGUAAACCUCAAAUGAAUAGAUAAAUAAAUAAACUCUCAUUCAUA